AUGAGUUCCGUCAAGUGGAUCCGGUUGCUCGUGAUGCUGGCGGCUUGCUGGGCACAGGAGGGCGAGUGGAGUGAAGACGCAGAAGACCUCGUUUCCACAGUGGAGGUGGAUGCAGUGCUUGGGCGUACGGCGUCGUUGCCGUGUGACGUCACACCGGACACCAACGAAGAUCGCGUGUACAUGGUACUGUGGUUCAGAGCUGGAAAGAGCACGGGUGGGAAACCUAUUUACAGUUUCGACGUCCGCGGGCGAUCUUUCAACAAGGCUCUGCAGUGGUCUGACCCGAAUGUUUUCGGUCCCCGUGCGUACUUCGCAACUGUCGCUCGUCCCGCUUCCCUCACACUUGACACCGUUCAGUUGGAUGAUGAAGGCGUAUACCGGUGCAGAGUGGACUUCAAGAACUCACCGACACGUAACUUUCAAAUCCGAUUAUCUGUUAUAGUGCCACCCCACCAGCUGAUAUUGUACGAUAAGUCAGGCCGAGAUGUAUCCGGAGUCGUCGGUCCAUUAGAGGAGGGUAACGAGCUAGUCCUCGUUUGCGAGAUCAGAGGAGGCCGCCCAGCACCAACAGUGAUAUGGCUCAUUGAUGGGACUCCAGCACCUCAGUAUAUAGGCGAGAAGACAGACACACACGUUGUAGUAAACAAAUUAGAACUACCUCAUAUUAAAAGAAGACAUUUAAAUACGACAUUUAAGUGCCGAGCAUCAAACACAAACCUUAUGAGCCCUCAAGAAAAGACUGUUAGAUUAGAAAUGAAUUUGAAACCGACGUUAGUCGAGAUACAGAACAAGCCUGUGACGUUAUCUUCGGAACGGUACGUCAGCUUAUCGUGUGUGUCGGAGGGCAGCCGCCCUCCCGCUCAGCUAACUUGGUUCAAGGACAAUAGAAAAUUUAAGAGGGGAAAAAUAACAGAUGCAAUGAACGACACAUGGGUGAGCAGCUCCUUGCAAUUCACGCCAUUGCCAGAAGACGACGGAGUGCAAAUUAAAUGCCAGGCAGACAACAGCGCUUUGCCCGGUCAAAGUAUAGAAGAUUCCUUCAAAUUGGAUGUAGUAUAUCCUCCUGUGGUUUCUCUGUCUCUCGGCAGCACUCUGAACCCCCACGACAUUAAAGAAGGUGACGAUGUCUACUUCGAGUGUUCAGUACGUGCCAACCCAAAAGAGCAUCGUAUUUCUUGGUAUCACAAUGACAAACCAGUACUUCACAAUGUGGUUUCGGGCAUCAUCGUGAGUACUAAAUCGUUGGUACUGCAAAAGGUGACGAGAGAUCACACUGGGGAUUACUCGUGUCGUGCCACAAACGCAUUGGGCGAGACCGCAAGUCAGGCUACCCAUCUGAGUAUACAAUAUGCACCCGUAUGUAUGCACACUUCGCCACAAGUUUUGGGCGCACAAUUGGAAGAAACGUUGCGGGUUCGGUGUUCGGUGACAGCCAAUCCCCCUGAUGUCACUUUCUUUUGGCAGUUUAACAACAGUGGAGAGAGUCUUGAUGUUUCUCCCACUAAAUUUGGUACAGCAAAUGGCAGUACCAGUGAACUUAACUACAAGCCAGCCAGCGAGCGAGACUACGGGGCACUAAGCUGCCGCGGAAGCAAUACAGUUGGCAGACAAAUAGAACCUUGUGUCUUCCAAAUUGUACCUGCAUCUCGACCAGCACCUCCUCGCAAUUGUUCACUCCAAGCCGGCACUAACAGCACAGAAGGCGUCAGUUGGCUUAUCAUUCGAUGCGUAUCGGGGUACGACGGUGGACUCCCUCAGUCGUUCGUUUUGGAAGCACUCGACCCAAUUACAAGCAAGAUCAAGUUCAACACGAGUGUUAACGAAACAGAUGGUUUGGCGGUCUUCAAAUUAGAUCUUACCCAGCUAUCGGCUGGAGACGUUGAAGGGGCUACGUUUAAUCUUCUCAUCUAUGCAAAAAACCUCAAGGGAGACUCAGAGAAAACUCUCCUGGAAAAUAUUGCUUUCAACGACGCUGCUCGAAGAACGGAAGGAAAAACUUCAAUGAGCAGUAUAACAUUGGGUGUGUUACUAUCAGCUCUGCUAGCAACUGUUCUAGCUGCGGGUGUAGGUCUAGUACUUUGUGCACGGCGACGUAGAGCGCACCCUCACAAACACCCGCCGGGCGAUAUGUUGGAACUAAGCGACGGGUGUAGGCGAUACGUCGUGGCUUACACUAUCAAACCUUCUCCUGACUCUAAGACGCCGGAGCCACAGCCAGAUAUAUUGAAUGCACCAGAUGGUGAAAUUCAGAAAGCACCGCCCACUACUGUUGAGGCGGACGAAUGGCCGAGUGUAAAGGAAGUUAGAGGUGAUUGGAGUAAAACUGCAGCAGUGUUUUCAGCAGAGGAUCUCGCUUUAUUAGACUCAACUGGAAGACCGCAACAGCUUACGCCUGGAAGCGACAUUACGUCGAGACAAGAGGACGUUAUCAACCAAAACUUGUCUCAACCGAUAUUAAGUAACUUCCGACCAAACUUUGUAGUGACAAAUAGUCCAACUUUAGGGAGCCCUAACUUCGUCUGUCCUAAUGGGAAUUUGGGGUCACCUUUUGGUAGCCAGACCUUGGCUAUUAGCGGUCCAACACUGAGCUCCGGUAGCUUGGCCACCUCGACAUUGCAUCGGAAAGGCAAAAAUGUAAGAAGGAGAGAACAUGUGCUAGCGGAAAAUUUACCCGGUCCUGAAAGUUGUGUG